GCUGGAGUUUCUUUCUUUAGAUUUCUGCGACCGCUGCCGUGAAGCAGAGUGCGUUCUUCCGCGAAUCUCCACUCCAUACUGAUCGAAAGUAAUCCCAAUCUACAGUCCAUUCGCAUCAAUCUCCUUCUUGCUCUUGCCUCGAUCUCUCGCUCAUACUCACCUCAACCUAGCCUGCUCUCACAACUCGCUAAGGAUAUCGUACAGCGAUCCCGACGUGUGCCAUUGAGAACCAUGUUGAACCAAUAUGGCCUCGAGUGGGAGGGCACCCUCAGCGGACUAGAGCCACGAUGGACGACAGAUCCGGACCUUCCAAAGAUCGACGAGAUCUUACGACAACAUCUGAACCUUGAUGUCACGUCAAAAUGCGCCGUGCAGUUCUUCGCCCAAGGCGGGUUCAACAAGCUGUACUCUGUAAGUACGGAUGCGGGACAGUGGUUGAUGCGAGUCGCCUUGCCCGUGGAUCCGCAGAGAAAGACGGCAAGUGAAGUGGCGACCAUGAACUUCGUGCGGGAAACCACGACGACACCGAUUCCUUCCGUGCGUGGCCACUCCGCGACAAACGAGAAUGCCGUUGGUUUCGAAUGGAUCCUCAUGGAGAUGAUGCCCGGCAUGGUGCUGGAGCGGAAAUGGCGGCAAAUGUCCAUGGAGCAAAAGGAAGACCUCGUCAAGCAACUCGCUCAGUAUCAAUCUCAGCUCUUCGCCGCCGAAUCUCGCUAUCAAUCAAUCGGUAAUCUUUACCAACCGUCUUCCGAACGCUACGAAGUCGGCAGCAUCGUCUCAAUGUCCUUUUUCUGGGGCGACCGCGGAGCACAAGACAGCGUUAAUCGAGGGCCCUUCAUGACCAGCCAUGCUUGGCUCUCCGCUCGCCUGAACCUCGUGCUCGACUCCCAAGCUGAAAUCCUACCCAAUCCCGACUCCGACGAAGACGACAUCGAAGACGCAGAAGCCAUCAAGGCCCUCGCUGAGCGCCUUCUCGCGCUUCUGCCAAGUCGAUUCCCCGCCGAUGAAGUCCAGUCCACGAUGCUUUUCCACGAUGAUCUCCACGCGAACAACAUCCUCGUGUCGAGCGAGGACCCUGCACGCAUUACGGCCAUACUCGAUUGGGAAUGCGUCUCUUUCCUGCCUCUCUGGAUGGCGUGCCAACCUCCUGCGCUGCUGGAAGGCAGAGUCCGCGACAAGGCCCCUCAGCGCGACAUCUACGCCGCUCACGAUCCCGAACUCGACGGGCCGGAUGAAGAAGAUCACGCUCAGGGCAAGACGACGUUAUAUUGGGAGCAUCAACUCGAGUACGAGCGCGGCGUGCUGCGGCCCAUGUUUCUGCAGGAGAUGUUGCGCCUGCAGCCCGCAUGGAUGGAGGUGUUUCGGGACGGCGAAGCGAAGAGGGAGUUCGAGCUGGCGGUGCAGCAUUGCGAUGGGUUGUUCACCGUGAGGACGGUGGGAAGAUGGGUGGACGAGGUGGAGAAGGGAGGUGAAAGUGGUAGCCUGCGGGAGAUUUUGUAUGCGUGA